AUAUGGCGGAGAUUGACGCGUGCUGUCCGCCCGAGCACUUGUAAAUAAAAAUAAAAAAAUAACCAUUUAGAAAUACAAAUACCCCAUGCAGGUACAAUAAUAAUCUAAGCUCAAGUAACUUCCUGUUAAUGAUUGUUUACAUAACACCAGUAUCUGUAGUGUGUGCGGUAAAUAAUCAACAGUCAACAAUAGUUGGUUCUGUACAAUGGAUUUAUUGCAUCUAACUAUCAGAACUGAAUAAUGAGUUAUUAUUUUAAUUGUCGAAAAAAAUAACUCGAGAAUGGCGGAUGUUGACGACGCGGACGCUCCUCUAGAUCCCAGGAUUCAGAUUGAAUUGGAAAAUUUGAAUAGUGCGACUGAUGAUAUCAACAAACUUGAGAUUGAACUUGAUGAAGCAAACAGUACAUUCAAACAACUUCUUUCGGAGUCAACGAAGCAAUUAGAAGAAUUUGUAAAUAAAUUAGGGCACAGUUGUAUUGAAAAAGCCCGAUGUUAUUACGAAGCUAGUGAAGUUGCUCGUCAAGCACAAAUCCAAUGUCAACAUCAAGCACAUUUAUAUCAACGUGCAAGUGAAAUUCAUGCAGCAGCUAAAGAAACGGUCGCGUUAGCUGAAGCGAGAUUUAUAUCACACAGGCACGAGUGGAAUUUCGAUCAAGCAUGGCAGGAUAUGUUGAAUCACGCGACUAUAAAAGUAAUGGACGCAGAAAAUCAAAAAGCCGAGUGUGGAAGAGAGCACCACCGUAAAGCAGUUUUGUUCCACGACGCAGACAAAAAAGCCCAACAGCUGGAAGAGAAGUACCGGCGUGCGAUAAUAAAAGCUCGCCCGUACUUUGAGGUCCGUGCAAACUGCGAGCAGAAACUGGCGCAACAAAAGGAAAAGGUUCAGUGCUUGGAGAAGGCGGUGAAGGAGGCGAAGCGAGCGUACGCGGAGAGCUUUCAAGCCUUGGAGAAAAUAAGCAACGAAAUACACCAGCAGAGGAGGGAGCUCUCCAUAAUGGUUAAUGGUCCACGCGAACCGGGUGUCGGCGCGGAAUUAAUUACGCCCGACGGCAGCUUGGAUUACAAAGACGAAUUGAAUAGAGUUACUGCCGGUAGAUUAGAUUCGCUCACCAGCGAGACUGAUUCCGAUGAGCGGGCGCGUGAUAUCGAGGACGUCAAUGAGUUGAAAGACCGGAUGGAAAAUCUGUCAGCACGAUCAGUGGACGGCAGCGAGUCGACAUCAAGCCAGUGGGAGCUGGAACUACAAUCCGUACUAGCAAUAAAUAAUUACUCAAAAUCGUUAACUAGUAGUCCGGUUAACGCAUAUAGUUUCAAUAAUAAAAAAGACAAUCUUAGUAGUAAUAAUAAUAAUAAUAAUAAUAAUAACGAUAUUAAUGAACCAACCGAAUCGAUCAACGAAUUGUCAGAUAAUCAAAAUAACUUAGACAAUAACGCAAAUGGUCUAAACAAUGAAUCUAAGGACAAUGUGCCAAGUAAUGUCUUUACUAAUAAUUCUGACGUCAGUUCAACGAGAGAAUCCGAAAAAGAUUCUCAUGUCCAAGCUCAAUUUGUUGAAAGUCCAAAAAAGAGAGAACCGACUUGUAAAAUUUCAAGUGUUAAAGAACUGCCACUGCUUUCGAUCUUCAACAGGUCUAGUUCUCUGAGAAUGUCCAGAGAUCGCAGUUGCAGUAUGGUUAAUUUGGACGAUAAAAAUAAUAUUAAAUCCAUACUUGACAAUACUGAUUUGAAAAAUAUACAAGCGGUUAGUGUAGAAAGAUUAGCUUGUGCUCGUAAUAUUUUAAUGUCUGAUAAAUAAGUCUAUUUAUUGCAAUACGUCGAUUGAUUAGUCGAAAAUUUUUACACUUAAAAUACGGAUUGUUUUUAUAUACAGUGACUAUUUAUUAAUUAGUUUAUUAUUGUUGUGCAUUGCAAAUGCUCAAAAUAUACCGUUGAAAACGCUUAAGAGCGUAUGGAAAAAAUUUUUUUUUGGGAAUCGAAGUAAUUAUGUUCUAAAAGUAUAAUGCUGACAAGAAUUUUUUUCUCUAUUCUGAUAGAAGGAUUUUUUAAUAUUCAAUAAGUAUCAUUA